AUGGAUAAGGAGCUUAUCCCUCUUAUACAAUGGGAGAUGGCGACAUUAACACACCCUGUGUGUGGUAUUCUUGUAUUCGCAUCCGUUGCGUUAUUGCCCUUGAUACUUCUUCCAUCUACACCGUCAAUGUGGGUUGCUGGGAUUACAUUUGGUUAUGGCUAUGGCUUUCUUCUUACGACUCCAGCUGUAGCGAUCGGUGUAUCACUUCCUUAUUUCAUCAGCUAUCUCUUCUGUGACAAAAUUCAAGGUUGGUUAGAAAGAUAUCCGGAUCACGCUGCGAUGUUGAGAGCUGCUGGUGGAGGCAGUUGGUUUCACCAGUUUCGAGCAGUAACCUUAAUCCGGAUUUCUCCAUUCCCUUAUGUUAUUUAUAACUACUGCGCUGUUGCUACUCGUGUAAAUUACGGUCCUUACAUUACCGGUUCUCUCAUAGGCAUGUUGCCAGAGACCUUUGUCGCAAUUUAUACAGGGAAGCUUAUAAGGACAUUGGCAGAUGCAUCUUCUGUGGAACAAAAGGGUUUCUCGAUUCUGCAGAAUGUUCUUAACGUUCUCGGUUUUGUAGCGACUGUUGUGACAACUGUUCUGAUCACGAAGUAUGCGAAAAGACAGCUCGAAGUUAUGAAGAAAGAAAAGGAAGCUUUGUUGUUGCAGUAA